ACGCCGAGGGAGCGCAUGGCGGCGGUGGGGCCGCGGACGGACCCCGGCGCCGGGGCCGAGGCGCUGGCACUGGCCGCGGAGCUGCAGGGCGAGACCACCUGCUCCAUAUGCCUGGAGCUGUUCCGCGAGCCGGUGUCCGUCGAGUGCGGUCACAGUUUCUGCCGCUCCUGCAUCGCGCGCUGCUGGGAGUGCCCCGGCGUGGGAGUCCCCGCGGCGUCCCGCCCGCUGCCCGGCCCGCUGCCCUGCCCGCAGUGCCGAGAGCCCGUGCGACCCGGCCAGCUGCGGCCCAACCGGCAGCUAGCCUCGGUGACCACGCUGCUGCGGCGCUUCAGUCUGCCGGCGGCCGCGCCGGGGGAGCGCCGGCCAGCGCAGGCGGCAGUGGCCGGGUGCGUCCAGCACGGCGAACCACUCAAGCUCUACUGCCAGGACGACGGGCGCGCCAUAUGCGUGGUGUGCGACCGCGCCCGCGAACACCGCGCGCACGCAGUGCUGCCGCUGGACGAGGCUGUGCAGGAAGCGAAGGAACUCCUAGAGUCCAGGCUGAAGGUCUUGAAGAAGGAUCUGGAGGACUAUGAGGUGUUUCGUUCCACGGAAGAGAAGGAGAGCAAGGAGCUUCUGAAGCAGAUGGCAGCUGAGAGAGAGAAGGUGAGCGCAGAGUUCCAGGCACUGCGGGCCUUCCUGGUGGAGCAGGAGGGCAGGCUCUUGGGCCGACUGGAGGAGCUGUCCCGGGAGGUGACACAGAAGCAGAAUGAGAACAUAGCUCAGCUUGGGGGUGAGAUCACCCAGCUCUCCAAGCUCAGCAGCCAGAUCCAGGAGACAUCUCGAAAGCCUGACCUUGACUUUCUCCAGGAAUUCCGAAACACACUAAGGAGAUGCAACAAUGUGCCUGGCCCCAAGCCAACCACGGUCUCUUCUGAGAUGAAGAAUAAAGUCUGGAAUGUUUCCCUCAAGACCUUUGUCUUAAAGGGGUUGCUCAAGAAGUUCAAAGAGGAUCUUCGGGGAGAGCUGGAGAAAGAGGAGAAAGUGGAGCUGACCCUGGACCCGGACACGGCCAACCCGCGCCUCAUUCUCUCUCUGGAUCUGAAGAGCGUGCGCCUCGGACAGCGGGCGCAGGACGUGCCCUGCCACCCACGCCGCUUUGACACCAACACGCGAGUGCUGGCGUCCUGUGGAUUCUCCUCUGGCCGGCACCACUGGGAGGUGGAAGUGGGCUCCAAGGAUGGCUGGGCCUUCGGCGUGGCGCGGGAGAGCGUGCGUCGAAAGGGCCUCACGCCCUUCACCCCCGAGGAGGGCGUCUGGGCGCUGCAGCUCAACAGCGGCAAGUACUGGGCGGUGACUAGCCCCGAGCGGACGCCCCUCAGCUGUGGCCAGCUGUCCCGCGUGCGGGUGGCCCUGGAUCUGGAGGUGGGGGCCGUGUCCUUCUACGCCGCGGAGGACAUGCGCCACCUGUACACUUUCCGCGUCAAUUUCCACGAGCGCGUGUUCCCCCUUUUCUCCGUCUGCUCCACCGGCACCUACCUGCGAAUCUGGCCUUGAGAGGGCUUCGUCCGCCUGCCCCAGACGUCAGCUCUGCCUCCAGACACCUGAAUCCAGCCGGCCUGGGGUCUCUACUCAGAAAGGAGUGCUGUACUCCCUCCCAGCUCAGAGAACAGCCUGGGCCAGAACUGGAAGGAGAUUCUUGACCUGUACACGAGAGGAAAGCCCAGGACCAGGCUACCUACCAGUACUCCUCAAGCUGAUGAUACAGAAAGAGUGAUAUGUACAUUCUCAGCCACAAUGACAGCCCUGUGUUCUCACAGAUGCCUGAACCCCUUUUAGAUGCCAAGGUAUAGUCUCCCUUGAGUAAGGAGACCACAGGUUAUGGAAUUUUGAAACACAGAAGAGCAUUUACGAUUUUACAGACACAACUGCCAUCAGGAGGGGACUGCACAUAGCACAGACAUGCCUCUGACAUACCCUUUCUGGAACUUGGCAAAUGUAUGCCAGCAGCAGUCUAGUGCCAAGGUCUGUUCAGCCUGUGCCCUGGUGGGGUAUUAAUCCCUUGGCUGAUUGUUCCCUAGCUUCUGUUUGGGUGGGCUUUGGGGAAGGGUGUUGGGCUGUUCCCCACUUAUUGCUCCCCAGGGAAAAGGGAUGAGGAGAUGGAAAUAUAGACUGAGCUCAUUUCUAGGGUAGCUGAGCUCAUUCUUGACUCCCCCAGUCUGAGUGCAAGAGCACGGCAGGAGCAAAGGUUUCUGCUAGACUGGGUGAGCAGGUGUGUUUAAGUGUGUGAGCAAUGUGUGCACAUGUGUUAAUAUCUUGGAUGGAGGGGGCAGGGGUGUAUGUGUGUGGAUUACAAAGAGGGCAUUUAUCAGCAUGUGAAUAAGGUUUAGGUGUUGCAAACAGACCUAUGUCAGUUUUUUUUUUUUUUAAAGAUUUUAUUUAUUUGUCAGAGAGAGAGAGGGAGUGAGAGCGAGCACA